CGUGGUCAAGGGCGGGCUUCCUGCGGGCGCCUUUGCGCUGACCCCCGGCAUGGCGCUGAUGGGGGUGCAGGUGGUGGUCACCCUGCUGGCCGCCAGCCUGAUGCAGAAGCUGGCCCCGCACUGCUCCUUCGCCCGCUGGCUGCUCUGCAACGGCAGCCUGUACAGGUACAAGCACCCCACAGACGAGGAGCUGUGCGCCCUGGCCGGGAAGCAACGCCCCAAGAGCAAGAGGGACAGGAGGAUGAACGGAGUGACCGAGGACAAACCUCUGUCCGUACCCCGCGACAUCGAGCUGCAGCUGGACACCAGCCCCAUCACCGCCCUGGACGCUCUGGUGCUCAGGUAUUUCCUGGAGUACCAGUGGUUCGUGGAUUUUGCCGUCUACGCCAGCGCCGUGUACAUCUUCAGCGAGGGCUACUUCUGCCUGGUGGACCCUUCCAGGGAGACCAACCUCGGGGGGCUCUGGUGCCUGCUGAGCGUCAUCUUCUCCGUGUAUCCUGGUUUUUUGGGGGACAGCAGAAGAGGGAACCCCCACCCCCCUGCCCCGUUGUUAUUUUUCCUCCCGGCCGAGGCGUUGAGCUGAAUUUUAGGGGUUAUUUACGAGUUCUGUCUCAUGUCCCCUCUCCCCUCUCCCCUCUUCCCUCUCCCCUCUCUCCUCUCUCCUCUCUCCUGAUGUCUCUCCUGUUUCCUGAUGUCUCUCCUGAUGUCUCUCCUGAUGUCUCUCCUGAUGUCUCUCCUGAUGUCUCUCCUGUUUCCUGAUGUCUCUCCUUUCCUGAUGUCUCUCCUGAUGUCUCUCCUGAUGUCUCUCCUGAUGUCUCUCCUGAUGUCUCUCCUGUUUCCUGAUGUCUCUCCUGAUGUCUCUCCUGAUGUCUCUCCUGAUGUCUCUCCUGAUGUCUCUCCUGAUGUCUCUCCUGAUGUCUCUCCUUUCUGCUGUCGCAGCCUCUCGGGCUCAUCCUUUGACACGGUUCGGCUCUGGGCCAUCGUGGCGCUGUCGCUGCUGCGGCUGCUGGGGACGCGCCAGCACCUGCAGGCGUACCUGGGGCUGGCCGAGCGCUGGGCGCGGAGCAUCAGGAGGGAAGCGGGGCGGAUCCCGGCGCUGGAGAUCCAGAGGAAGAUCUCCAGGAUUUACUGCUACGUGUCCGUGGUGAGCCUGCAGUACCUGGGGCCCAUCAUCCUCACCCUGCACUGCGCCCUGCUGCUCAAAACGCUGGGUCACCACUCCUGGGGGCUGUACCCCGAGUCCCCCCCGGUGUCCCCAGCAGCUCCGGUGGCCCCGUCACCCCCCGAGGGUGGCAGCAGCAGCGAGGACGUGCACGUGGUGGUGCAGGAGAUCUCGGGGGUCCUGGGCUGCAUCUUCACCCCCCCCUUCUUCCGAGGACUUUUCUCCUUCCUCACCUGGUGGGUGGCCACCUGCCAGGUGGUCACCAGCCUCUUCGGCCUCUACUUCCACCAGUACCUGGCAGCGUCCUGA